AUGGUACCGCACUUCGUCAAUCGCGAAACAGAAUGCGACGAAAUCAGAAAAUACCUUUCUCCACUGCACAGUUGCAGAUGCCUUCACAUACAUGGUGCCACUGGCAUAGGGAAGACAACCGUGGCGACGAAAGUGGCAAACGACAUACUGAAUUCUGACGGACAUACCGUGGUGAUCUACGUUAACUGUAGAAACAUAAAACUUUCCCAUGAUUUUGCUGAGAAGGCUCUUCAGCAAGUAUAUCACGUACCUGUGGAGUAUCCAAUACCUGAGCUGAAAAAUCGCUUGAAAAGCCAAGAUUUCUUCACCAUUUUGCUAUUGGAUAAUUUUGAAUUUAUACUUCAUUUGGAUGACAGAAUGCAGCUCCCCGAAAGUGAAUUGUCACUCCAGCAGAUGAACCCAUCUGAGGAAGGAUCGAGGAUUAAGAAUCUAAUAAAUGAAAUUUUAAUGGUUGCGGGCAAAGUCAAACUUCUCCUCACCUCUUCAGAGAUAGUUUGUUUUCCGGAAGCAGGUCAAGAAAUGGUUCAUCUGUCGCCUUUUAAGCCAAAAGAAUCCGUUGAGCUUUUGAACAUAGUGUGGAAGGAGAGGAAAUUCGAUACGACUCAAGCACAUGACUUGUCAAAGAUUUGCAGCGGUAUUCCCUUGGUCCUUUACACCCUAGCCUCCUCUCACCGUAACCUGCCAAGUCUCUUGAAAGAGAUGAAAUGUUCUUCGCGUCAAGAAAAAUUCAAGUUCUUGACAGAGAUUCAAACGGUAUCAGGGGGUAAAAAGAUCAACGUUUGUAUCGAUCAUUGCUUCGAGAGGCUUGACUGGAAACAUAAGUGUGCCCUUAUCAGAUUUGCAUUACUUAAAAGGCGUUUUUCUCUGUGUGAAGCAGAGAAAAUAUUUGAAUCAAAGGAGAUGAAUGCGUCUCAACUAGGACGAUGUGGACUGGGACUGUCCCGGCGAUCACUUUUAGAAGAACACUUUAAUGGGGAUGAAUACUCCUAUACCCUCCUUCCAGUAAUUGGUGAUUAUUGUGAAACUAAGGCAAUGGAGCAGGAGUUUCGUGAAGUGAUCCUAGAUGCUCGGAGGAUGUUUAUCCGCUAUUUUUUAACCUUUCUGGAAGACAUCUUUAAAAAGUUCCUGAGCAAGAACGUGUCAGAAGCUAUUGCAGCCUUUCAGAAAGAUGAAGCAAAUGUCAUGCAGCUCGUUGAAUGGUGCAGAAAUGGUCAAAUGGAUGAAGAUCAAACAAGAAGGUGCAUCGAUGUUUUCAACAGCGUAACGGAGCUACUGGCAAAGAUGAUGAGAAGGGCCAAAUUUAAAGAUGCCUUUGAAUCUCUACGAACGAGAUGCGAUCAGAUGGAAGAUCAGAAGAGACUGAGCGAUUGCCUCACAUCCUUGGGGCUGAAAGAAGUAUUCAGCUGUUCCUGUGUUCCAAUUGGUCCGUGUGCUUCACACGCUGAAAGAGCCAAAGAAUACUUCACGAAGGCUGACCAAAUCCAACGUAUUCUUGGAGUUAGAACCGGUAACAGCCGAGCUCAGUGCCUUGCCAAACUUGGUCGAUGUCUCGCCAAAGAAGGCUCUUUUGGCGAGGCAAAAGAAAAAGUCCAACAGGCAAUCAACAUUCGAUCGGAAGGACAGGAUGACAACGUUAUGCUCGGUGCAACGUAUAAUGAUCAGGGAGGUAAGUGCACAAAAUGAUUAGGUACCAAAUUAAUUUGCGAGCGCAUUGAUCAUACAUUUUGCAAGGAAGUUUGUGGGAUCGUAAUUUUAAGGUUAUUUUGAACAUUUGCUUCUGUAUGAAUCUUCACAACUGAUGAAUAGAGAGUCACGAUUGACAAUGCUUUACAGAUUGUGGCCUGUGCUCUGAGUGAAAAAAACAAGAGAAGCAUUAUGAUUUUAGCUUCUCAUUAGUCAAGAAUGAACUUAAUAGCCGUCAUUCAUUUUGUCUAGCCCUUGACAGGAUCCUUAGAACAUUGAGAAAGUGCAAAACUCUGAAAUGUAUUGAAAAAUGUCCUUACAAUGUUUGUAAUCAACCACUAGAUAAACGAAAUCCUUUACCUGAAUUCUAAUAUAUACUACUUUAAAGGGGUUUAAGGCUACUUCAAAACUCCUUUCUUUAGGACAACUAAAAUCACUAUCACUACUUUUCUUAAUUAUCUUUACGAUCAGCCGAAAAUGACUAAAUUGGAAUUAUCGUAUCUUUGGAAUUGUUGUAUUUUUAUAUCACUACUUGAAGUAUAGGCAUACUUUACAUAUUCAGUGAUAAAUCUGUGAUUCCCUUGUUAGUGAUCCUUUCGCUCGAGGGAAAUCAUGAGCAGGCAAUCAAGGUCAGAGAAGAACAGACGCUACCAAUUUACCAAGAAACACUGGAUAAACAUCCUUUCACGGCAACCAUCCUCAACAGUCUGUCAAACAAUUAUUAUGCCCUGGGAAAUUACAAAGCGGCCGAACGAUAUUCGAAAAAAGCGUUAAAGAUUCGGCGCGAGUUACUGAAGGACCAUCGAGACACCGCUGAGUCGUUGUUUGAUCUUGCGAUGGUUUAUAUAAGGAAGGGAGAAUUGGUAACAGCCAAGGAUUAUCUUAAAAACUGCGAGGCCAUGCAAAACAAAAUAUCGGAUGAGGGAAACGACGCUCUUGAAAGGUAA